CAUCGGUAAUGAUGUGCAGUUGAUAUUCCUUUCAAUAAUGAGUAGGUGUCUCGACAGGUUAAGGUACAGAUGCUGUGAUUGUAGCCUUAAGACUUUUGGGUUCGUGUAUGGUUGGAUGGGAGUGAUCCUAAGGAUUGUCGUAACUAUGUUCUUGGCAGUAACGCUUUCAAGGAUAACCGAUUACGACCAUGACAUUUUCGCAAUAGGCCUGAUCACAGCUUUGACUUAUGUACAAGUCUCACUAGUCAGUUGCCUGUUUUUUAUAAUAGGGAUCCAAAAGGACAAACCGUACUUUUUGCUUCCCUAUACAGUCAUAGGAGGCAUGGAGUUAGCUCUUGGACUUGGAGUAUUUAUCUUCAUCACGGUGAUCUUUAGCAAAACCGUCUGGAAGUAUCUACUCGCUGCUUUCAUCCCAGUGAGCUUGCUAAUAAUGGGAAUUUACAUGUAUUUCUGGAUAAAAUCCAUUCAGCUGUUCAGACAAAUGGAGAUAGAUGUUAGCAGGAAAAUAGAAGAGACUGCCAGGAUAGAAAGUCUAAGACAAUCUCUUGCUCUUUAUUGAUUUUUAGCCAAAAUGCAAGAGCCUUACUUGUUCUGAUAUAGUUAUACUGUAACUCAGGGGUUCCCAAACUUUUUUAGCUGCGUAUCAAUAAGAGCUAAAAGAUUCUGUUAUCUUUAAACAACUAGGUAUCUUGUCUGUCGGUUUAGAUAUCUUUUGACUUCAUCUGAUAAGAUUUUCUAGAAAAAAUGUUUUGACUUCAAGUAAAGACAGCUCUAAGAUAUUUUAGUCGCGAUCGACAAGUUGGGGACUGCUGACUGGUUAUUAACUGAUUCUCUGAUAGUCACAUAAACUGAAGACUGAUAUUUAUUGUUAUUAAUAGUUUGUAGGUAAUAAAGUGGAUUUGCUACUAA